UUAAAAAGUCUGGCAGCCAAGUAAAUGUUCAACUCUGCUACUAUUUAAUUUUAAGGUCUGGCAACAUUGCACGCCACACGUGUUAACAUGUUUGUUUAUUUCGGUGUAUUAAUUUGCCGCUAAUAACUACAAUAUUUUGUAGUUAAAAUAACUUAUAUUUUUAUUAUUUUGAGGUGAAAAUAAAAUAGUAUCUUUACAAAAUCUGAUUUAUCUUUCAAAAUGACUCUUACUAACGAUAAGGAAAAUGAUGAUCCCGACAUGGAUCUUGGUGAGGAAUCUUCCAAUGAUGAAGAAAUUUCGGAAUCUGACGAAGAUGUUGAUGAAGAAAACACAGGGUCUCGUGUUUACCUUCCAAAUGCCGAUAAUUCUGAAAAUGUUGACUUAGAAUGUGAUGAAUCGGCUUACGUAUGUCACCAUGCUAUUAAAACUGGUUCUCCUUGUUUAAGUUUUGAUAUUUUACCUGAUGAACUUGGUGACAACAGAGCUGAUGAAUAUCCUCUGACUAUGACCGUUGUUGGAGGCACACAAGUUGAUAGCUUGCAUUGUAACCACUUGCUGAUCAUGAAAUUAUCUAACAUGCACAAAAAUAAACACAAAAAAGAGCGUAACGAAGAUGAAGACGAGGAAGAGGAAAGCGAUUCAGAAAGUGACUCUGAAGAAGACACAAAACCUGUUUUAGAAUGUGCUUCAGUUCGACAUACAGGUUGCGUAAAUAGGAUACAGGUGACGACACUCGGAAGUGAACCAUUCGCUGCAUCUUGGUCUGAACUGGACAAAGUCUAUAUAUGGAAUCUUACUCAACCAGUCAGAGCUGUGAAUGAUAAAAGAGUCAUGACAGCUUACAUUCAAAAUAAAGAAAGCCCAGCUCCCGUGUUUACGUUUAAUGGACAUACAACUGAGGGUUUUGGUUUGCAGUGGUCUCCAACUGUUCCUGGUGUACUUGCAAGCGGAGAUUGCAAAGGAAAUAUUCACUUGUGGAAACCAUUAGAAGGAGGUACCUGGCAUGUAGAUCAAAGGCCUUACAAUGCACACACUGACUCAGUUGAGGAUAUAAAAUGGUCACCAAAUGAGAGUAAUGUAAUGGUCAGCUGCUCUGUAGAUAAAACCAUCAGGGUUUGGGAUGUGAGAGCAGCUCCCAACAAAGCUUGCAUGCUGACCAAACAGGAUGCUCAUGAUAGUGAUGUCAAUGUAAUUAGUUGGAAUCCAAGCGAUCCUUUUAUUUUAUCUGGCGGUGAUGAUGGAAAACUUAGAGUAUGGGAUCUGAGAAGGUUUCCUGAUGGUGACGCCAUAUGCACAUUCAAACAUCAUACAGCUCCUAUUACAUCUGUAGAGUGGCAUCCAACUGACCACUCAGUAUUUGCGGCAUCCAGCUCAGACGAUCAGUUAACUCAGUGGGAUCUUGCCAUUGAGAGGGAUGAAGAUGCUGAAAGGGGUGAGGAAAUGAGUGCUGAGCUCUUGCAACUGCCUCCACAACUUCUGUUUAUACAUCAAGGACAAAAAGAAAUUAAAGAGCUGCAUUGGCAUAGGCAAAUGCCAGGUGUGCUAGUAUCUACGGCUCAAACGGGAUUGAAUGUCAUUAGAACUUUAAGUGUCUAGUUGUAGAAUGAGCAUUUUACUGUUAAAUGUUUACUUCUACAAAAAUUUUCUAGUAAAUCUGGAAUCUGUAAAAAAGAUUAAUUAAAUAUUUCUGCCAUA